UCUGAGCUGAACUUUGCAGCUUCCGAACUUCUGAGAGAGCGAGUGAGCGAGGGACGGAGGACGAGGACACCAGAGAGAUUUUGAUUUCUUUAACCCGUUUUUCUUCUGGCCAAAAACUUUCUUUGUCGCUCUGUCUGCAUCACCAGCUCUGACCCAACAGCCAAUCAGGCAUCUCCCUUCAUCAUGUCCGUCUUACCUCUGCUCAGCUGGACCGUCCUGGUCCUGGUCCUGGUCCUGGUCCUGGUGCAGAGCGGCAGCUCGUCUCUGGAGACGGCGUCUGAACCUCAUCCCCCGCCGCUUUCUCUGACCGUCCAUCCUCACCACCAGCCCCUGCCGGAGGCUGCGCCCAGCUCCCACUGCCCCUCCUGCGCCCUGGCCAGGAUGAGGAGGAACGAGGGGGGCACGGCGGGGGAGGAAGAGGAGGAGGCUCAGCCAGACGUGGUUGAAGCGGUGAAGAGGCACAUCCUGAACAUGUUGCAUCUCCAGGCACGGCCCAACAUCACCCGGCCCGUGCCGCGCGGCGCUCUCCUCAACGCUCUGCGCAAGCUUCACGUGGGGCGAGUGGCGGAAGACGGCAGCGUGCAGAUCGAGGGGGAGGAGGAGGCUCGAGGGCGGGGAGGCCGGGGAGGAGGUGGAGGAGGUGGAGGAGGAGCAGCGGUGGAUGGAGGAGAUGAUCCACAGGAGACGACAGAGAUCAUCACCUUCGCAGAGGCCGGUGAAUCUCCGGGCCUGGUGAACUUUGUCCUCUCUAAAGAGGGCGGCUCUCUGUCUCUGGUGGAGCAGGCGAACAUCUGGCUCUUCCUCCGUUUGGCUAAGACAAACCGCAGCCGAGCCAAAGUCACCAUCCGCCUCUUGCAGCAGCGCCAGCUCCCCGACCGACAACCAGCGCUGCCGCAGGACGAUGUCCUGCUGGCGGACAAGACGGUGGACACCCGGCGCAGCGGCUGGCACACCUUCCCGGUGUCCGCGGCGGUGCAGGCGCUGCUCGAAGGCCAGGGCAGCCGGACGUUGAGCCUGAGGGUCUCCUGUCCUCUGUGUGCCGACGCCGGGGCCACAGUGAUCCUGGUCCCCGGAGGUCCGGAGACAUCUCAGCGCAGCAGCCAGCGGGAGCAGUCCCACCGGCCCUUCCUCAUGGCCGUGGUCCGACCGCGAGAGGGCAGCGAGUCCCGGAGCCGCCGGAAGCGAGGGCUGGAGUGUGACGGAAAAGUGCGCGUGUGUUGCAAGAGACAGUUCUACGUCAACUUCAAGGACAUCGGCUGGAACGACUGGAUCAUCGCGCCGCCCGGCUACCACGCCAACUACUGCGAGGGCGAGUGUCCCUCUCACGUGGCGAGCAUCACCGGGUCCACGCUGUCCUUCCACUCCACGGUCAUCAGCCACUACCGCAUGAGGGGCCACAGCCCCUUCCAGAACCUCCGGUCCUGCUGCGUGCCCACGCGGCUACGAGCCAUGUCCAUGCUCUACUACAACGAGGAGCAGAAGAUCAUCAAGAAGGACAUCCAGAACAUGAUCGUGGAGGAGUGCGGCUGCUCGUGAACAAGAGCCG